CCGCAGAGGAAUUUGCUUCCAUAAGCUUCAGCAUCUCACAACUCAUAAAAGAGGGACAAAGCCUUGUGGAUACGCACUAUAUAACAGGAUAUAGGACAUAGGUUGUUUGUACAUAUUGCACAAUACAAACUUGUUAAGGAGACCAUCACUCUUUACUUUUUUUCUUUACUUUCCUUAUACUGUUCUUUGAUUAGUUGUUAUUGUUGAGACAACCGAAACAAGACAAACGCUCUUUAUAGUGUUAAAUCACACAUAACUCUCCAGAUACCAAACUGUACCCACCUGAAAACAGCCAAACAAGCAAGCAGCAUGUCAUUGUCUGACGAGGAAGCCCUCUUUGACGAUAUUUACGAGGAGGAGAAGGCACCUGUCGUUGAAGAGCCGAAGGAGGAGGUUGCUAAGGAGGAGGCUGCUAAGGAGGUAACAGCUGGCGAGGAGGCCUCUGAAGCACCAAAAGACACUGUCGACAACGCAGAGCAACCAGGCUCUGCUGCUGAGUCCACUGGACCUUCGUUGUCAUCCGCAGAGGAGUCCCACAACGAUGCUGUGGUUCCAAAGGAAACCACUCCAUCUGAAUCUAACGUGUCCCAGCAGACCACCACUGCCCCUGCAACGACAGACUCAUUGCUGUCCACAUCCACCAGUGAUAAGCCUAAAGCUGACCUCAGCCGUGAUGCUGGAAAGAUGUUCAUUGGUGGAUUGGAUUGGGACACCACGGAGGACUCGUUGAAGGAGUACUUCUCACAGUUUGGUGAGGUUGUCGACCACACAAUCAUGAGAGAACCAUCUACCGGAAGAUCCCGUGGAUUUGGGUUCUUGACGUUUGCCAACAAGGAGUCGGUGAACAAAGUUCUCAGACAGGAACAUGUGCUUGAUGGUAAGGUUAUCGAUCCCAAGAGAUCUAUCCCAAGAGAGGAGCAGAACAAGACAGGCAAGAUCUUUGUCGGUGGACUGCCUCCAGAUAUCCGUCCUUCGCAGUUUGAAGAUUUCUUUGCUAAGUACGGUGAGAUCAUCGAUGCCCAGUUGAUGCUCGACAAGGACACCGGUAGAUCCAGAGGGUUUGGCUUUGUGACGUUUGACUCAUCAGAAGCUGUGGACCGUGUAUGCCAGAGCAGAUACCUCGACUUUGAAGGUAAGCAGAUCGAGGUGAAGAGAGCAGAACCAAGGGGACCACAGCAACAGCACAACCACCAUAACUACCAGCAGAACCGUUACAUGCAACAGCAGGGUGCCAACCCGGUGUCAGAUAUGAUGCAACAGGCCAUGCAACAGGGCAUGAAUAACUUUGCGGGAAAUGCUUCUCAGGAGAUGAUGACUGAGUAUUUCCAAAGAUUGCAACAGUAUUGGGCCAUGGUUCAACAACAAGGAGGUGCAAUGGCUAUGCAAGGUGCUCAAGGAGCAACAAUGCCACAGGUGCCUCAAGCAGCUCAGCAGAGCCAAGAGUCAUCACAGCAACAGCAAUUGCCCUCUGGACCUGCUCAGUACAGCAGUCACAAUAACUAUCAACACCAUGGUGGUGAUUCCCAUUCCAGAGGAUAUGACCAUUUCCCUAGAGGACCAGGUGGAAGAGGAGCAAGAAGGGGUGGGAGAAGAGGUGGAUACCAUCCAUACUCCCGUUAGCACAAAUGCUCAAUGGUAUAUAGAGUUGAUAGCUAAGGAUUUAAAGGACAUUGAAUUGUAGAUAAUGGAAUUAAAAAGAGCUUGAGA